AUGAUGAACUUCAAUGGACAAUUGAAGAAAAGGAAUGUCAAUUUAGGAGGUGGUUUCAAGAACAAUAGAGCUAAUAUUCUUCAGCAUACACAAAAGGAAAGAGAAAAGAGAGAAAGAGAAAGAGCUAGGGAAAAGUCAGUCAUCAUUGUCCAGUCCUAUAUUAGAAGAUACCAAGCUUCAAUAAAUCACAAAAUAUUAGUUGGAAAGCGCUGGGAAAAUUUAGUAACCAGUGUUGCUGAGAUCAAUUAUGUUAUACACCAAUUUACUAUCUUUUAUUCAACACUAUACAAAGUUAAUGAAAGAAAAUUAGAGCAAUUGAACUUACUUUGUGGUUUGUUGAAGGAAACUAAUCCAUCUGAAAUCAACACCAAAAGCUUUCUGGAACUAGCUUCAACCAUUGUCAACACAUUCCCAAAUAUCAGUCUGAAAUCCACCAUUGACCUGCAAGUUCUGGAUCAGCUCCUUUGGUUAUCUGACCGCCUUUACUCCAGUAUAGAAAUACAAAAAACUCUUGGAGGGAUAAUACCGGAACUAUCAAAGCUUGUGGAAUCGUUAAUUAGCUCAAGAGACUUUGAGUUGGCAUCAAAAUUGGUGUUCAUCAUUUCAAAAUAUGCUCCAUUGGAUGUGAACAACUACAUUAGAUUUCUAUCAACCACUGAUCUACUUAGAGUUCCAUCUUUCAAAGUACGGUUUGAUGUUCUCAACUCUCAAAUAGAAUCGUCAACUUGUCUUUUGUCAUUGUCAGACGAUGAAAAAUUGAACAUUCUUUCCACUUUGAUAACACAAGCUGAAAAGUUUAGCAUACAAACCAUAUCCCCUAUUUCAUGGGUUCUUUCAUCGAUAAAUGUAACAGUGGCUACCAAAUCAGAAAAUGAGUUUAGUAUGGAUGAAGAUGACGAGAAUGAUGGUAAUGAUGCUCAUGAGUUAAAACGUAAGCUCAUUGAUGAGGAUUUGAAUGAAAGCAUCAAAAGAUUAUACAAUAGGGAAUUCAUCACGGCCGUUACAAAAAAUGUUAAAGAUUCCCAUGUUUUGACACGUCUAUAUGGCUCAUUAAUGCGCUUGAAGCCUUUACUGAAGUCUACAUUUAUUAUUUAUUUGAUUCCAAACAGUUUUAAAGAGCUAGUGGAUUCGGUUUUAGAAAGUUCAGUUUUCACUAAGUUUAUUGAGUUGCAAGAAAAUUCAAUUUACAAUAUUGAUCAAGAAUUCAUCAAAUUUGUCUUUCAGGAACAUAUGGAUUUCCUACAGUAUGAUCUUUAUAUAUUUUUUGAGGUGUUUCAAUACUUUCUUAUUGUUUCAAAUGAUUUUGAAAUAUUCAAAAAAUAUGACUUCACGGUCAAGAAGUUUGAACUGAUUUCCAUUUUUUUGAAAAAAUUCACAUUUAAUUUGAUCUGGAAUUCCUCAAAGGUUAGAACACUGUUGGGGGAUAAGAAUCUUGAUUUAUUAGAAACCCUAUCUAUUAAAGUUUUGAACCAGGUUUAUUUGAAAGAUUCAAGAUUGUCAUUAGUUGACAAAACAAUUUGGUUGAUCAAUGACAAGAAAUUGGAUAUUAUGACCCUAGUAAACUUGAUUUCUCAAUAUGAAGAAUCUAGAAAGAACGACUAUGAUUCAGAUAACGGUGCUCCAGAUUUUAUAAGUUCAUUGAAUUCAGAUUCUAGAGCCAAGUUGAAGAUUUUCUUGAAAACACCAUUCUUCAUUAGCUUUGAGAAAAGAGUUGAAAUUUUCCAAGUUUUGGUGGAUCUUGAUAGAGAUAGACUUGGUCUGAGUGAGGCUAACAGUUUGAGUAUGUUUGGAUUUUUGGAGCGUAAACAGACAGCAACUAUCAGAAGAGAACAUAUGCUUGAGGAUGCGUAUGAUAGUUUCAAUAAGCUUGGAGAAACUUUCAAAAGCAAGUUAGGUAUUAAUUUCAUUAAUGAACAUGGUGAGGAAGUAGGAGUUGAUGGGGGUGGUCUUACAAAAGAAUUUUUAACUGGUGUUGUCAAAGAAGGUUUUAAAGAUUUGUUUGUUGAAAAUGAUAAUCAUGAACUAUACCCAAAUCCACAAAUUGGCCUAAAAUAUCAAUACAGGAUUGAUAGUGAAGAACAGUUGAAAUCAUUAAAUUAUACUAAUUUCUUGGGGAAGGUUAUUGGUAAGUGUUUAUAUGAGAGAGUUUUAGUGGAUAUUAGUUUUUCAAGUUUCUUUUUAACCAAAUUCAAUACUGGGUACAAGAACUCGUUUGAUGAUUUGAGAAGCCUGGAUGGAGAGUUAUACACUAAUUUGGUCAAAUUAUUAAGUAUGACUGAUGAAGAACUAGAAGGUCUGAAUUUGACUUUCAGUAUUGACGAGAAGCUCGAUAAUAGAAACAUUAGCAUUGAUCUUGUUCCAAAUGGUUCAAUCACUCCUGUCACAAGUUCCAACAAAUUGAAGUUUGUUCACGAAGUUGCCAACUUCAAGUUGAAUAGAUUGAUCAACAUUCAAUGUAACUCCUUCUUGAAUGGGUUAUUUGAAAUCAUUUCAAAAGAGUGGUUGGCCAUGUUUAAUCCAUAUGAACUCCAAAUGCUGAUUUCUGGUGAAAAGGAUAUUAAUGUUCAAGAUUUGAAAGAAUAUGUUGUUUAUGGUGGCUACACGCUGAAUGAUAAAACAAUUCGUGAUUUUUGGGAGAUUGUGCAUGAAAUGACAAAUACUGAAAGGUUCCAACUUGUCAAGUUUGUUACUUCUGUUCCAAGAGCUCCUUUAUUAGGGUUUAAAGCAUUGGUUCCAAGAUUUGGAAUCAAAAAUGGUGGUGAUGAACCUGAAAGAUUACCAACUUCUUCAACGUGUGUGAACUUACUCAAGCUACCAAACUAUAGAAACAAACAGCUACUGAAGGAGAAGCUACUCUAUGCAAUUAAUGCAGAAGCCGGUUUUGACUUGACAUGA